AAUGGCGGAAGAAACACGGGAAACAGAAUCGUGUUUCAGAUUCAUUUUGCAAAAACUCACUCAGCAGCAUGAAAUACAGAAGUUAAAGACCUUCAGAUCUUGUAUAAAAUCCAGAUGCUUUGUUGCUCUCCUGAAUGAUAAUCGGUUAAUUAUCAGCAGUUUCCAGAAUGCGGAAACCAACGCAGUGGAAGUUGUUGAAAAUGUGGAAGGAUUUGCUAUACAAACUGAUGUUGAAACAUUUGGAAAGGGACAAAUUGCUGUCAUAAGUAAAUCCAGACAGUUACAGAUCUAUGAAAACAGGGAUGGCAAUUAUACCAUACAAGAGGAGAUUGAUAUGCAAUCUGCAGUAACCAAAGCAGAUAUUCCGGACAUGAAGUCAGCAGAGAUAGCACUUUUCAAAGGAGAGAAUAUCACCAUGUGUAUAAAUGAGACGGUCCUCCUCCAGCUCGUGAUCAAAGAUCACCAGUGCAAUGUUAUCUCAAAGAUCGUCCUGCCAGAGUCUCAGAAUUAUGUAAACAAGUACCUCAUCAUUGGUGACAUAUGUGUCGUUCUUGACACAAACAGGUUAUUAUUUUACAGUGUGAGUGAAGGUGAGGUGUUAAGGGUGAUUGACUUGAGUUUACUACCAUUAGAUACCGCUUCGAUACAGGCCUGGACUGUAUCUGAUCACUUUACAUACCUCGCUCUUGUCCUCCAGUCUGGUGAUAUACACCUCAUAGAUCUACAGUCAUACUGCUCAACUUCUCCACAAGUUCUACAACAAGGGAGACGAUCCCAGCAACAGAGGGACCAUUCAUAUUUAAGUACUUGCCAAUACGGUGAUAUUCCAUGGAGGGAGAAGUUAUUAUCAAUGCACAGGUUCUAUAAAAGUAGUCAAACACAAACAUAUCCAUUGGCAGCUCCUAAAAUUUCCACAAAGAAACAUUCAAAAGUUACAGGAUUUUGGUCUAAAACCAAACAUGAAGCUGAAAAUAUGCAGGCAUAUGUAACUGUUUUACGUGCAGCUGAUAGUGUACACGGAUACUGUGUAGAAGAUAUAUGCCUAGAUGAGAAGUCAGUUUCAGUUGUGUACUGCUACAAUGAUGUCUAUGUUAUGUGUCAGCGUGAAUUCUCCUCACAAAAAUGGAACUUGUACAGAUUAAAAGAAGGAGAGAGAAUAGUUUUAUCAAGAGAUGCUAGCUUACCACAUGCAGUUAUCACAGAAAAAUAUCUUGAAGGGAUGAUCACUAGGUCUGGAAUGGACCAAGAACAGUUUGUCAAUGAGUUGAUGGUGUAUGGUGGUGCUGCUCUGGCAGAUACAGUGUGUCAUCUGAACAACUGGGGCAGAUCCUCUAUGCCCAUUCACACCCUUCAAGUGGGUCUCAAGCAUAGGCAACUAGAUACUGUUACCUUCUUUUUGAAGAGUAAAGAGAAAAUUUUUACAUCAACACAUUCAUCAAUGUUGAUAAAAGAUAGGGAGGGAUCGGACACCCCUGCAGGAGCCCCUUACUUCAGCCAUGUUGACACUCUACUCCAACUGGAACCUGCCGUCAAUCUGAUCCUUGACACUAUAAAAGGCACAAUAGGGGACAAACACUCUCACAUGUUUGGAAAGGAGGUUUUAGAUAGCAGCAUGGAUUUCCUGUAUGAAUUACUCCUGGAUAGUUUAGCUGUAUCAGAAACUGUAAUCACAGAACAGGAAAAUAUAGAUUUACAACAAGCUACAGAAAAAUUAUUAGAGUAUAUAGAGAAGACAAGAGAGUGUAUACGGAUGUUAGAGCAGAGGACGGUGUUGAGAAGCAGUAGUGAGAGUACGUCGGUCAGCAGUGGGUCCGUGACCAGCCCAACCAGUAUCAGCACCAGCACACCAUCAGAUGGCCUGGCUCCAAACAACACUUCUUUAUUCUCAAACUGGGAUCAAAUGGAUAUUGAGACUGUUAUUGAGGAUGGUGUAAUGAAGAAUGUCAUACCAGACCUGCAGCAAUAUCUUCUUCAAAAGAAAGAGUAUUCAAGGGCAGGCUACUCUGAGAUAAAGUCUACAUGUGUUGCACUAGCUACCAAUUAUAUCAAGUAUGGCAACAUGGACAAGGCGAAAGAAAUAUUCAUGAAACUAGGACUAACAGUUUCAGAGGAGUUAUGGAAGAUAGCAUUGUAUACUUUAGACAUAACCAUAUGUAACUCUAUCACUGAAGAGCUUAUAACAACAUCACAAUUGAAUAAAGACCAGAUUGCCAUGGUGACAUUCUUUAAAGAACUGAAUGUGAUUUAUCCAUGUAGAAACUUUGAAGAAAUACAAAAACGGCAUCAUCAUGUAAAAGACAGUGAAAGUCAUGAAGUUCAUAGAUUAAAGAACCUGAUCAACCAAACUUCCAAAUUUGACUUGACGGAGAGUUGCGGAAAUUUGACGUUCCAUUCGUCAGAAGAUUCGGGACAAAACCAGUACAAUGAAGUGAUUUUGGACUGGCUACACCACUGGGACUCUACUACCAGAGAUCUGGUCCUACUGGAUAUUCUUCUUCAUAAACCAGGUUCAGACAUCAGUAGAUUUAAUAAAGUUGUUAUAUGGGAAUAUCUCUUGUCAAGAAAUAUGGGAGAUGUACUAGUCGCAUGGAUACACAACAGUUUCUCUGACAACCAAGCUGGCUGUGCUGGCAGAACAGAGCCUGGAUGGCCAGUGACUCAUCUGGGAAAAAUAACAGCUGAUUAUGUAAAUCAGACGGACCAGUGCACAGACACAACAAGAAAGCAGGUUCUGAAAGCUUUUGCUAGAUAUGGAGUGUUUAGCCAUGAAGCCCUAGCCAACUUUCAAGUGCUUUUAAAACAACUGAAUGAGAUAGGUGGCCCGUUACAGUUACCCCACCCACUAAAUCAUUGUGAGGCCGCUGUCCUGAGCCAGUUUCACUGUGAUAUGAUACAAUAUUGUAUACAGCACAAUCUACAAUACUUUCUCUGGCUGUAUGUCCACUAUCAUAGAUUAGAUGCUGAAUGGCUGACACAAGUGUGUGAUAGCUACAGCAACAACAAUUGGCUGCCACUGUUUCUGAAGUUUAUUUCCGUCACAAAAGCUCACAUUGUUCGCCCCAGUAUGUUUGAAGGAAGUUUGACGAAUGCAGUAGCUGUAUGGGGUGAGCAGGGCAGAAGUGUUGGGGAGCUUCUAAAGUCUGGACAUACCCUAGCAGCACUGGCUACACUCAUGUACUCUCAGCAUAAAUUACAACAGGUGACAUUUGUAACUCAGCAGUUAGAGGCAUUUGAUGGGUUAUCCUCAGAGACUGUGGAAGGAGCGCUACAGGGUUACCCGAAACUACAGGUUACUCUGUUUCCAGCCAGUGUCACUGAUCUACCACAUACUGACGUCUCUGUGUAUCAGUUACUAAUCGGAAAUGCUCCAUUUGACCCUGCUAAAUUAUUUGGAUGGCAGACAACAAAUACUUGUGCAGGGGAAGACUCAAUACAGGAGAUGCCAUAUUUCUCACAUUCGGGUCUCGUUGCAAAGUAUGGUUACAGUGAACAUCUGAAGUAUAACUACUACCUAAAACAAGCAAGACCUAGUUUUGCUUUCAUUACAUUCCUAGCAGAGGAGUUCAAAAAUGGAGGGUCAACUUUACCUGCUAAAAGAUUAGCUGUAGCUAUAGGGACAUCACUAUGGAUUGGUGUAAAACAUUUCCACAACCCACAGAUAUCAUCAUCAUGUGUGAUAUUCCAGGAGCUACUGGGUCAUGAUAGUCUCAUGUUGAGACUGUAUAUACAUGUAGGAUGUAAGAUUCUGGCAUACAGGAACCAGGCUGUCACAGGAACCAUGGACAAAAGGCGGGAACAAGUAAAGAGAAAUGAACAUGAUGUUGUUGAGAUGCUGUUAGACUGUAUACAGAUUGGAAGACAGUUUGCACCAACAGUUCUUGGAGCUCUCGAGGCUGCCACUCUAGCUGCUAUUACACGGGAGAAACUUCAGCUGUACUCAUAUGAAGCCAGCCAACACUGGACUAUAGCUGUGUUAUUUUGUCAUCUACAUUACCUGCCGUACACCACAGUGUUCCUGGAGUCCUGUGCCGAGGCAAAGCAAUGGCUGCCAUUUAUCUGGUUUUCUCAGAUACAUCAAUUUCCAAAAGAACAGUUACAAAAUCUGCUACACAAGUUCCAGUCAAGUUACCUGCAGGAACAUUUAAGAUACAUCUUAGCAAAUGCAGAGCUGAGGACGACUCAAGCUGAGGAAAAGAAAGUUCAAGUGAAGCAUCGCUCGGAGAGGGUAGCCAAAGAUGUAAGAUCAAAUCUCUACUCUAGAAUUGGACUUGUAAAAGGAGGCGAUUCAGAAGCAUCAAGUACAUCUGAUGAUGAGGAAGGUCAAGCAAGGAUGAUGGGAAACUUGAAGGAUGAUGAUAACCUUGACGAGGAUAUAGUUCUGGAAGUGACACACGACAGUGCGCCAUGUGAUGUGUUUGGUGUUGUUUUUGCUUCUCAAGCCACUAAAUAUCCCUGGAAGUCCCUGUUGCUGCAUGCCAUCACAUUGAGGAACUGUCUGUUUGCUGAGUUAGCUGCAAGUCUAGAUGGUGCUUCGGUAUUACCUUGUCUCAGCAGCUGGUUGGUAGCCGUGAUGGAUGUCACAGAGCAUACUCAGUUCCUAGAGGAUUAUGGGAAAUCACCUUGGAGAUACACCAUGCAUACCCUAGAUGCCAUCUUGGAUCUGUUCAUAAGUAAAAAAUGGGGAUCACUGCUUGUUACAGGAUUUGACAUUUUUCAGCAGAGUUCACCACUGCUGCCAUUUCUACAGUUCUAUGCUGAGUUCAGUGAGAGACAGAACUACAGAAACUGCAGACUUCUACUGGAUGAGUUUAAAGAAUCGGUGUUUCAGUUCAACCAUGAGAAGAGUGUAAGAGUGUUGGAAUGUAUCGGUGAUAGUGAUUGGCUGGAAAGGACGACCUACCGUAUCAUACAAUACAUGCUAACCUCAACCCCUAGUGUUCAUAAAGUCGCACAGUUACUGAAGAUCCUUGAUAGUGAGAGUAUAACUUUAGUGUUCAAACAUGUAGAUCCGGAUUUCCGUAGACAGAGUCAGAUGUUACAGUGUAUAGAGGAGGGGGAAAUAGAGCAAGUGAAUUUCUCAGCUCUCCUUACAGCUUCAUCACAACAGUACGAGAAGGAAUGUUUGUCAGUGAUUGACCAGUUAAUGAACAAACAAAAGUUUGGAGAAGCACGAAAGUUUGCCAAAAUUACAGGAAUUUGUGCUCAUCAUGUCACCAUACGUCAGCUGAAACAAGAGAAGGAAAGACUGAGCAGUACAGAUCUCUGGCAGUCCAGACAUGCCAGGUUCAAGUUUUAUAGAGACUGUACCAUCAAGUUUAGAAAACAUGAAAUUCCUCCAGAGAAAAUUGCUGACUUCUUCAAGAAUGAAGGAGAGUUGAUAGAUUUACCAGCAGAAAAGGCGGACAUUUACGAUUUGUGUCUACAUUGUAUGGAACAACAAGGAAGUGUGGGCAACACAGAUUGUUGGGCAGAAAUCUACCGCAACAUGUGGCUCAAUAGAAUCAAGGUCAAGUUGGAAUCAAAAACAACCCCUGUCGUAGCAGAAACCAAGCUUGAUCUUUUUUCUGACACCAAUGUCACAGAUACAACAACAUCUGCUAGCAUUAAAACAGAACUUAUGUUUUGUGGAAAAAUGCCGCGAAGUUCCGACGAGCCAGAUAAGCUGACAGAAGAUGAGGUGAGAGCUGUUCAACAGCUUGUUGGAGAACUAUUGCAUGCUGGGAAGGUUUCAGAGAGCUGUCGGUUGCUGACUGAGUUUAAUGUGUACUCACAAGAUCUGGCCAUUGUAUUGACAUGUAUCAGACUGAGUAUGGGAACCCUCUCACUAGACACCAUGUCACCAGAUAUGUUACAUCUGCUGAGGUCACGACCUGGCAACAUACACAGGCAGUCAAUAGCAGCUCCUGUUGCUCUUCUCAGAAAUUCCAGUACAAUAAGCCUGAUGAGUAAUAUACAGCCAGUGAUUGACUCUGUGUCAGUUGAGAACGAAGCAAAAAUUUCUGCAAUGGAAUGUCUUCUUAACCACUUGAACAAUGGUAGACAGACUUGUAUACGUAUCAUCACAGCGUUCAAAAUAGCUGCUGUUCUCUACAUUGGAUAUGAUGAUGUUAUAACUGGUGAUGAUUUUUUCAUUCUAAAGUCUCUGCUAAAAACCAACUGCUCGGCUAAAUUCCGCCUGUCUGCGGAUUUUCUGGGUACAAGUAGUCUAUCAGCACAACAGGUGGCUGGAUUUUUAUCUGAUGCCAUUCUCCAGUCCUAUAAAGUGAGUGUUGGUGACACUGAUGGUGGGCAAGAGUUAUUCUUUGACCCAGGAGAAAACUUUGCAGACUUUCAUCAGAUAGUUAGACUGUGCCAGGAACCAUCGUUGCUAGGCAACAGACUUGUAGACAGUGUGGCCUCUAUGUCUGGAAAUCUAGAACAAGUUAAUGACAAAGUUUUGACUUUACAAACAGAACUUCUGAUACUUGCCCAUGAAUGUUACACGGCAUCAUGUGACAUGGAAGGAAUAUCCAACAUACUUCGAGCAGCAAGAAUUCUCACAGCCCAUUUACAGGCUGCCGGAGAACAUCAACUUAUGACACGUUUGUUGACUGGUGUAGGGAGGUACAACGAGAUGACGUACAUAUUUGAUGCUCUUCAACAAAACCAUCAGUUUGAAUUGUUGCUUGGCAAAGGGAAGGAGAAAGAAACCAAACUUAAGACAGCGAUACUAGAUUAUUUGAAGAGGUACCACCCUGGAGACACUGACACAUACACAAUGGUCGCAUUAAAGUUUAUGAUGUACCGAGAAAUUGCUCAACUUCUAGAACAUAAUGCAAACAAAACUCUUGAUAAGUUAAAAGGAAAACCUUUAGAGAAUACCAGCGAUACACAAGGAUUGUUACAGAAGGUAGCACAGUUUCUGUCCGAGGCUGCUGAAAGUUACAUCAAGGACAAUUGCCUACGUCAUGCCCAGGCCUGUGUUAGGAAGGCUCGUCUUGUUGCCCUGCAAGUCAAAUAUCUCCCAUCAAAUCAGCAGUUUAUAAAUCUGACUACAAAAGGAGCAAAUCUUCUUAUAGCUGAUCACCCAGUGUUUACUGAGGCAUACAUUAUAAGUGAGGCAUAUAAGCAGAAAGACAAUUGGGCACUGGCUCUUUGUAACAAUGUUAUAAAGCUUGGUAAUAUGAAAUAUCUGCAGGACUUCAGAUCUCACAUUAGAAUUACCCCAACACUUGUAGAGGAUGCAGUUGACAGAUACCAACAGUGUGCUGAUAAAACUCCACAAGCCCCUGCGAACAUCAAAAAAUUAUUGCAGUUUUGUAAGGAUGUCAAAGUUCAGUAUCGUAUAGCUAAACAGCUUUCUCUGCGGGAUGUUGUCAUGAAUCUAGAGAAAGGCGAUGCUAAAAGUUACAUAAUGGACUUUUCAAUGUCAUGACAGUAACAUUGUGAACUUUUUACUGUCUUUAUGGUAACUUUGUAGCAUUCCAUUGUAGAGUUUUCCAACAGUAAACUAAGAAUGUAGAAUACAAACCUCUUUAUUAAAUAAAAAACACUUAAAUUAUAUAAAAUUGUAGACUAUUUUUAUGUUUUGAGUAGGUGUCAGUUUGGGAAAAAAGUAUAAUCAAACAGGUUUGUUUCAGUAACUCCUUAAGUAGGUAUAUAUUGGUAAAUGUAUGCAGCUUUUUUGGCUUGAAAAAUAUAAAUCAUUUAAUAUUCAUUGAGCUUAAUUUCUACACUUGGAUCUUCCUGUCGCCAAAGUUUCCUGAAGACGCCUACUGCAAAUAUUCAGGUUAUCAUUUAGAGCAAAACACAUGGUCACCAGCACUUUAUUCAUGUGUCAAUUAUUACCUAACUAUUUGCAUUUCAGAGCAACCAGCUUGCUAUAAUUUUCCAUUUACUAAGAAUUGAAUGUCAUUCCCAUUUGCGUAUGAAAUAAAUGGACAAGUUUUAAGUGUGUAGAGGUGCAAGUAUUUUACUGAAGUUUUAAAUAUGUGGAAGCUGGAGGGUUUUAAAUUGUUUAAAAUGUAUGGGAGCUGAAGUGUGUUGGACAUGUUUGUGUGGAGACUCAAGUUUGGCAUGUUUAAAGUGUGUAGAAACUGAGGUGUUGUGCACAGAAGUGUGUGAAGGCCUAAGUGUUCAGACAGUAAUAAUUUCAGGUCAAAAUUGUAACCAGUGGAGUAUUUCACUCUAUGGUCAGUAAUUAAAUCAACCUCAUCUGCUUAGCAGCCUAAUCUACUGGAUGUUAUCCUCUCUUAAGGUGCAAUAUUUAUAUAUAUUAUUAUUACUCUGUAUUCUGCUACCUUUUGAAGUAUUUACCAGUACAUAACUUAUAAAUAACUCAAAUGUUGCUGUUUUGUAUUUUUUCACAAUUGUUUACUGUUUGUUAAUAGUUUUGGAGCAAUAAAAUCUAUGUAACAAUA